GCCGGUCCGCCUCUAGGCGCUUGAGCAGGUCACAAGUGGCGCGCGCCACUCCAGUCAUGGCGGACCCCAGGCUGGCCGCGGGUGGCGGUCCUCUGGAAACAUGCGGUCUGGAGCGGAUUUUGGAGGCGCUGAGGCUGCUGCUGAGCCCGGGAGGAUCAGGCUCAAGUUCACUACAGAUCACAAAACAUGAUGUCUUGUUGGCUACUUUAAAAUCUAACCUGUCUGCUUUGGAGGACAAAUUUCUGAAGGAUCCUCACUGGAAGAAACUGAAACUCCUAAGGGAUGAAAUUGCUAAUAGGGCAGAAUGGCCCCAAAACUCUGUGGAUGUCACCUGGAGUUUUACCUCGCAAACCUUACUGUUGCUCUUGUGCUUGAAGGAAACCAUGAUCCACCUUGCCGCUGAUUUCAAUCCAGCUAAACCCAACCCAAGGACUCCAGAAGCCGCCCCUGCCCUGAGCCCAGAUACACUCAGUAUCUCACAGCAGAAGACUGUCCAGUCAGCUUUACAGUUUGUGGUCACCUUGGGCGUCUGCCCCUAUCUCAUGCCUGGUGUUGGAGUCCCCUUGAGAUACAGGACUGAGUUUGGGGCAGUUGUUCAAGACGUGGUGUGUCUCGAUGCUGCCCCCGAUGCAACCCGGAGACUGUAUACCAGCUGCAGGGUCCUCCUAAAUGUUGCUCAGCACGCAUCUCUGGGGAGCUUGAUUUUCUGCCGCCAUUUUGGGGAUAUUGCAGCAGGUCUGUGCCAACUGGGAUUCUGCCCAACCAAGAGAAAAUCACUAAAAGCUGAAGAAGAGGUGUUAACCGAAGAGGAAAGAGUCCUAUCUAGGGAGGCCUUGAGAGACAUCUUGGAUCAAGUGUAUCAACCAUUAGCAGUUCGAGAAUUACUUAUCCUCCAGGGAGGACCACCCCAGUCCUGCACAGAUGUGAAGACACAAGUUAGAUGUCGGGCCCCCGCUUGGCUUCGGCGUCUGUGUGGGCAGCUGCUCUCCGAAAGGUUGAUGAGACCCAGUGGUGUGCAGGCAGUGGUCCGGGGCAUUUUGGAAGGAGUGGGUGCUGGAGUGGCUGGUGGGAGUGAUGCAGAGGCAACAGCUGCUGACUGGAAAAAGUGUGACUUGAUUGCAAAGAUUUUGGCCUCUUGUCCCCAGCAGUCUCUUUCACCAGAGGACUACUAUAGAGAUACCUGCCCCCAGAUCCUGGAUUUAUUUCACUUUCAAGAUAAAUUAACAGCACGACAAUUUCAGAGAGUUGCCACCACUACCUUCAUAACUAUGUCAAGAGAACACCCACAAUUGGCAGCAAAGUAUUUGCUUCAGCCAGUACUAGCGCCUCUUCAUCGAUGUUUAAAUACAGCAGAGAUUCCAGAGAAUGACAUGGUGCCAGGGACCAUUUUGGUGACAGAAGAAGAACUUAGUAGAUGUAUUGAGGAUGUAUUUAAGGUGUACGUGGUGGGGAAUGAGCCUUUAACAGUUUUGGUGGAUUCCCUGCUUCCCGUCCUGGGAGUGCUCUUUUCUCUCUACUGCUUUACCAAGCAGAGCGUGUCUCACAUAAGGUCACUUUGCCAAGAGAUCUUAUUGUGGAUUCUGGGGAAACUGGAGAGGAACAAAGCAGUUGCCAGCCUAAAAGGAUUUGCAGGAUUGGACAGAUCUGUGCCUUCACUCCAUUCUCUGUGUCAGUUUAGAGCUGCCACUCAAGGUGGUAUUAUGGUUACCAUCAAAGAGGCCAUUUGUGAUGAAGAUGAAGCCCUGUACCAGAAGGUAUCCUCAGAGCAGUACCAGCUAGAGCACCUCGGGGACUUGCUGUCCCACUGCCAGGAAAGUGGGUUGGCUGGUGACUUCUUCAUCUUCUGCUUGAAGGAGUUGACUCAUGUGGCUGUGGAAAAUGAAGCAGAGUUAAAAACGCAGCACUUCUCCAGCAAAAGCCUCUUGGAAUUAGAACAGCACCAGACUCUUCUGGUGGAAGGCCAGGAGCAGAAGCUGCUGGUACUGCAGCUGUUGGCUGUUCUGUGCGAGAGGAUGUCUGAGCAGAUAUUCACAAACAUCACUCAGGUGGUGGACUUUGUAGCAGCAACACUGCAGCGAGCAUGUGCAAGUUUGGCCCACCAGACAGAGAGCACCGUGGAAUCACAGACACUGAGCAUGUCCAUGGGGCUGGUGGCUGUCAUGCUGGGAGGAGCUGUUCAGUUGAAUUCAAGUGAUUUUGCUGUCCUGAAGCAAUUGCUGCCUCUGUUGGAGAAGGUCUCCAUCACACACCCGGACCCUGUCAUCCAAGAACUCGCUGCUGAUCUCCGCAUCACCAUCUCUACCCAUGGAGCCUUUUCUACCGAGGCUGUCAGUGUGGCUGCCCAGAGUACCCUGAACAAAAAGGACCCAGAAGGGAAAAUAGAAGAGCAGCAACAAACCAGUCAUGAAAGAUACACUGAUGUGUCGCAAAACCACCUCGAACAACAGCAAAGCCACGAGAAACCCAAUCAAACUGGCCUGAAGUCUAGUGCUCCGCUCAUUCCUCAGGAGGUCAGUGAGUCCAGCACUACUGCAAACCAGAAAUCUGGAAGCAUAACCACAGAACAGCUCCAGGAAGUUCUUUUAUCUGCUUAUGACCCUCAAAUUCCAACACGGGCUGCUGCCCUGCGGACUCUUUCUCGCUGGAUAGAACGGAGGGAAGCAAGAGUCCUUGAGGUGCAAGAGAAGCUUCUCAAGAUAUUCUUGGAGAACUUGGAGCAUGAAGAUGCCUUUGUAUAUCUGUCUGCUAUCCAGGGGAUUACCCUGCUCUCAGAUGCGUACCCGGAGAAAAUCUUGAUUGGCCUGUUGGCUCAGUAUGACAGCAGCAAAGACAAGCAUACGCCGGAGACCAGAAUGAAAGUCGGGGAAGUCCUGAUGCGAAUUGUGAGGGCAUUAGGGGAUAUGGUCUCAAAGUACCGAGAACCUUUGAUCCACACCUUCCUGAGAGGAGUGAGAGACCCAGAUAGCGCUCACAGGGCCAGCAGCUUAUCCAACCUUGGAGAAUUGUGCCAGAGGCUGGACUUUCUGCUGGGCUCCGUGGUUCAUGAGGUAACAGCUUGUCUGAUUGCUGUGGCUAAAACAGACCAUGAAGUUCAAGUGCGCAGAGCUGCCAUCCAUGUGAUUGUGCUGCUGCUUCGGGGACUCAGCCAGAAAGCUACAGAGGUGCUGAGGGACGUUCUCAAGGAUCUCUACCACCUGCUGAAGCAUGUCGUGCGUUCGGAGCCUGAUGACGUGGCCAGGCUCCAUGCCCAGCUGGCUUUGGAAGAGCUGGAUGAAAUAAUGAGAAACUUCCUGUUUCCACCACAGAAGCUGGAGAAAAAGAUUGUGGUCCUGCCGUAGACCUGGCUGGCUCAAAGGCCCUCAAGGAGACAGAGAACCAAGUAGCCAGAGCAGUGCCCACACCUUCAGCAGGUGGCCCACUGCCUCUUCGAUGCUGGCAAUAUGGCUGACCCUGGAGGUGGCUUUGUGUCUCUGGUCAAGAGGCAUUUCAGAAUGCAGUUGGAGGUAGGGAGGGGAAGGAAAUUGUUAUGGAAACAUGCAGAAUGGAAUAAAAUUACCCUGGCUGGAAAGAGAAACAAGUCUGACUCUGGUCCUCUGCAAUCGAGAUGGAAAGCUAUGCUGUCGAGGAUUUGAUCUCCAAAACAGAGAAUCAGGCUGGUUGCAUCUUCCAGAGAAGGAGGGUAAACCCUGUGCCUGUCCUCCCAGGCCAUUUUCUGUCACUCCCUCUGCUAGUUUGCAUAGAGUUGCCCUGAAUUUAGGAGAAGGGAAUCACAAACAUCUCAGGUGAGGGAAUUAUAUCCUGCAUUCAGUCCUCUGCUCCUUUAGAAAGGCAAAUGCUUAGACGGUGGGUUAGUACGAAAUGCGUCCUGGAAAGUGCACUGCAUAUUGAUGACCUGAUGCCAGGUGUAUUGAAAUCAUUUCAGAUGUAGCACUGUGCAGU